UUUCGCCUCCCCCCCGGCCCCCACCCGCCCGAUGCAGAGGUUCCGGCGGCGCCCGCCAUAACCUUUCAUUGUCGCCGCCGACGCCGCCAUUCGCGCCGCGGGGCUGCCCCGCGGGGGGCGGGGGACAGAACCAGCUCUGACAAGAGGAAUAAACAUCCAAAAAACCCCCAUCCAUUUCCCAGCUAUCCCAAAAACCAUGGAAAAUCCAAAUUAUCCCAACACUCUUUAUUCCCCUCAACUUCCCCAUUCUUUUCCACACUUUUAAAGCCUCAAAUCCCAUUUUUGGCAGGGUUUUUUUUUGGAUUAUUUUUCCAAAUUCCUUGGCUCAGCCAGGAAUUUUUUUCCAGCCUGCAUGGACAGAGCAACCUUUGCCUGUUCCACCGCUUUUUUCCGGGAUUUUGGGAAUUCUUCUCCGCGUGCUCUCCCCGGGGGCCACGUGGAUUUUAUUGACAAAGCCGAUUCCUUCACUUAUUCCGAUUUUUUCCGGGAUUAUCUCAUUCCCAACCAUCCCUGCAUUUUCUCGGCCAAGUUCACCGAGGAUUGGGGCAGCAGGAAAAAUUGGGUGACGUGGGAUGGGAAACCCAACUUUGAGCAUCUCCUGCAGAAGUUUGGAGAAGCCGUUGUGCCCGUUGCCAACUGCGAUGUCAAGGAAUACAAUUCCAACCCCAAGGAGCAGCUGCCCUUCAAGGAAUACGUGGAAUAUUGGCGGGAAUACAUCAGGAACGGCUACCGCUCCUCCCGGGGCUGCCUCUACCUCAAGGACUGGCACCUGAGCAGAGCUUUUCCAGAGCAGGAUGUUUACACCACUCCCGUGUAUUUUUCCUCGGAUUGGCUCAACGAAUAUUGGGAUGCCGUGGCUGUGGAUGAUUUUAGGUUCGUCUACAUGGGACCCAAGGGAUCCUGGACGCCGUUCCAUGCCGACGUCUUCCGCUCCUACAGCUGGUCAGCCAACGUCUGUGGCAGGAAGAAAUGGCUCCUGUAUCCCGCGGGACAGGAGGAAUUCCUGAAGGAUCGCCACGGGAAUCUCCCCUUUGACGUGACGGCUCCAGAUCUUCGGGAUAAGAGGAUUUAUCCGCGCUACAGCCAGAGCCAACCCCCUCUGGAAAUUCUCCAGGAAGCCGGAGAGAUCGUCUUCAUUCCCAGCGGGUGGCACCACCAGGUUUAUAACCUGGAAGACACCAUCUCCAUCAACCACAACUGGGUCAACGGCUGCAACGUGGCCGUCAUGUGGAGCUUCCUGCAGGAUGAGCUGGCGGCCGUCCAGAGGGAAAUCAGCCAAUGGAAAGAUCCCAUUGACGACUGGCACCUCCAGUGCCAGCUGAUCAUGAAAUCCUGCACAGGCAUCGACUACAAGGAAUUCUACAACUUCCUCAAAGUCAUCGCGGAAAACCGGAUUUCCGUCCUGGAGAAGGGCCUGGAUGAGGAAUCCUCAUCCCAGAACAAUUCCAAAGCCGCCAUUUCCACCCUGGGAAUGCUGCACGCCGUGUUCGACCUGAAGAGGACGGUGAAGGUGCUGAGCUCGUUAAGCGCUAACGAGGAUUUCCGGAAGCUGGAUCUGACUUCCCUGUCUCCUUCUCCGGAGGCUCUGCUCCAGCACCUGGAAUCGGCCAUAGACACGGCCCUGCUCUGAAUUCCCGCUUUUCCAAGAUGUUUUCCAAAGGUUUGGAGGAAAUGGACUUGGACAAGAGCUUUACUCCAGCAGGAGGUGGGAGAACAUUCCCCAAGUUCUGAGUGGUUUGGAGGAAAUGGACUUGGACAAGAGCUUUACUCCACUGGGAGGAGGGAGAACAUCUGGGAAGGAGGGAGAACGUUCCCCAAGUUCUGAGUGGUUUGGAGGAAUUAGGGAAAAAACCAUCCCAGCCAAAGGAAAAUCCCAAACUUCCUUAGGAUUCUGAGCUUCACUCAGGGAAAAAAAUUCCCUAUGGAUCAAGUCUGGACGUGGAAAGAAGCAAAUUCCCUGUGCUUAAGCUCAGCUUUGUUAAAACCUCUCCUCUUCCAGGUGCAGCUCAGCUUUUCCAUCCUAUUUUUAGGGAAUUCCAGCUGGUGAAUUCCAUGGGAGCCUGAACUGGAGCUUGGAUUUGGGAAUGUUGAUUCCAUGUCUUCCAAAGUGGGAUUUCCAAAGCUGAGACGCUCAGGAUUAAAUUUCAUUUAAUUCAACUCGGAGCGAAACCUGCCUUGACUCAUCCCAACAAACAACAGGAAUGGGAAUGUGCUCCCAAAAUUCCACGCUCUAUCCCAAGCUCAAGAAUUCCCUCCAGGAAAGAUCAGAAAAGUUCUGAGUGGUUUGGAGGAAUUAGGGAAAAAAACCAUCCCAGCUAAAGGAAAAUCCCAAUUUUUUUAGGAUUCUGAGCAGGCACUCAGGGAAAAAAAUUCCUUGUGGAAUUUUUUUGUGGAUCCAGCACCUCCUGCACGCUUCCACAGCACAAUUCCCACCCAGAAUAUUCCCAGUGGAACCUCCCCCCUCCUGCUUUUCCUUGGAAAAAUCAAAAACCUGGAAGCACAAAUGGCUGCACACUGUUACCUUCAGGCCUCGCUUGAAUUCUUCCCGAAAUCAAAACCAAGGAAAACUUAGAAUUUCGGGAAGUUUUAGGAAGUCAAACUGAAAAUCCACCUCGAAUUCCUUGGAAUUUUUACCUCCCCUGCACUUUGCAUGUCCUUUUCCAGUAGGAAUUUUGCAUUUUUUUCUUCCUUCCCGAAAAUAUCAAGGAGCCGUUUUUCCUUAAUUUAGGAAAUUCCUGGAUUCCUGAAGACAACAAGGAGCACGCAGAGCCUGGAAUCUUCAAAAUUCCAAGAGUUUUAUUUAAAUAAAAAUUCCUGGCAAACUUC